AUGGAUUAGAUUGAACCACAACCUAUUUUUGAUGAAAUUCCAUCGAAAAUCAAUAUCAAUCUCCUACCGAAACAUAAGCCAGAAAAAUUCAUUGAAGCAAGCCAAAGUAAAAGUAUAGAUCCCGUUUACGAAGACGGCCAUGAAGUUGGUUUUAUGAUCAAAGGAGAAAAUACUGUUUAUGAGUUGGAUUAUGAAGAAGGAUUCUUUGAGCCAAAUGGAUGCUACUAUUCGCGUGAUUUUGUUCCAAAGGGAUGGUGGGUAUUGGAUAAAGAUUCAUAAGAAUUCUUCUAUGAUAUAGAUGGAAAAUUAGAUGGAGAGGAUGAAGAAGAUGAAAAUGAAAAUGAGCAAUUGAUCUAAUAAUAAUGA